AUGAAGCUAUCAUCGGAAUCGGAAGGCCAAAAACGGGAGAGCCCCUAUAGACUUGCAGCCCGCACUCCAACGCCAGGCCCCAAGGCUCUUUCAACGGCUUCUCCCUCGUCCCCCCUCGCCUCGAAACAAGAAGGCGGGUUAUGUUUGAAGAGACCUUGCUGCUUUUGCCCUCCAUCAUCAUCACCAUUCAAGGCGCUGGAGUUGGGCCUGAGUGAAAGGCCAUUCACAGGCUUCGGAAUUGGCUAG